AUGUCCAAAAUUGAAGGUGCUGUCUUUACCAACACUUAUAUGGAACGAUGACAAGCAACUCCCAGGGCUGAUGUGCAGCUGGAAGGAAAUGGAAGCUUUAGAAAUGAUCUGGAAGCCAAUUUCAUUUCUGAAAAUGCUAGAGCAAAUCAUGAUCCACUGCCCCAACUUUCAUGAGCUUAAUCUCUGCGGCUUCCUCAAUGGAAAGGAUGCACAGGCAAUGAUCAGAUGCUUGCCUAAGUUGAAGAGACUGCUGAUGAGUGCAUCCUUUCUGCGAAAGGAUGAUUUGGUGAUGAUUUUGGAUGGAUGCAAGGAUUUGGAAGAGGUUGAUGUUUCCAGGUGCAGAGGAUUGGAUGUUGAUGAUGUUUUACUGAAAAAAGCUGCAAAGUUGAGCAAAUUUGAGUUCCAGGGCUGCAAACCUGAAGAAAUCUAUGGCAAUGGCUACAAUAAUUAUGAUGAUUUAUUCAUGGAAUUGGUUUUUGGAUACUAG